AUGGUGAAUGUUCUUGCCAUUCUUCUUGUCGUCCUCAUUGUUUCCAUUGUGGUGACUAUGUUUCUUCUCUUCUUAGUAACCAGUUGGAAGGAGAAGAAACAUCAUGACCUAAAAAUUGGCAAAGGGAAAUUAAGUUCUUUCUAUUAUUCCGGCCAAACCUAUGGAGGUGCUGGCAGUAAUACAUUUAAAGGGGAUUCCGGUGGCGGUGGCGGCGGUGAUGGUGGUAGAGCUGACAUGAUAGCGGGAGCAAUUGCUACACAAGCUUUUGUCGGCAUAACCAUGGAUGGAGAUAGCGGAAGUGCGUUCCAUAGUAGUGGUCAUGACGGUGGGUUCCAUAGUAGUGGUCAUGGCGGUGGGUUCCAUAGUAGUGGUGGUGGCGGCGAUGGUGGCGAUGGUGGCGAUGGCGGUGAUGGUGGUGGUGGCGGUGGUGGUGGCGGCUUUGGUGGUGGUUAUUGA